AUGGGCCCCGACCAACAAGUAAGGAGGAGAAUACAACCUACGGUACAGAGGGAAAUAGAAAUACAGAAUAGAGAAAACAACAACUACAGAGCAUCAGGAAAUACAGGAAAAUGGACACAGAAGAAGACUAUCAAUUCUAAUACAGAAAGGAGGAAAGAGAUAAGACAAGAGAACAAAGAUAAAGAAGGAACACCUGAAAUAAGAAGAUCAGAAGAUCUUCCCAGAGCAGGCAACAACAUAACCAUACAAGCAGAGAUCCAUAAUCCAUCAGGAGAGGAGUUUUUUUUUAGGGAAGAACACAAGAGAAAUCACAUCAUGGUUUCACCCGAUGACACCAAAAAGAACAAAAAGGAAAGAACAAGCCCAGGAGGAAUAGAGGAGGCAGAAGAGCCGGAAACAAACAGGAAAAGGAACAAGAGGAACCAUUAG